UUGGAUGAUGUGGAUGAGUUGUUGGAUGAAAAUAAUAUUUUAUUAGAUGUAUGGGAAGUUUUAGGGAUGGAAACAGUGAAAAAUGCACUUUUUGAGAUUUCCAAGCUCUAAUUUCCUAUUCUUGGUUUUUGGGAAACCAACCAAACAACCCAUAAGUUUCUCCUCAAUCUUGAUUAUUUGCUAAAAGUUUUUAUAAUUAUAAGCUAUGGCGGCCUACGUUGUCGCUUCUUUUUUAACUUUGCAUCCAAUGAAAUCGGCGGCAACGCACAAUAGCAAGCUACAUAGCUACAGAAGCAGCGACAGCAGGAUGAUGACGAUGACGACGAGGUUGACGGCGAUGCCUCCAUCGUCGUCGUCUUUGUUAGCAGCAGCAGCAAGCACGAUUUUCAAUCUCUCUUUUGCUCAAUCCUCCUCAUUUAAAGAGUUGAUCAAGACGCUAAUCCAUGGAGUGGAUCUUUCGGAGGAAGAGGCCGAGGCAUCUCUCGACCUCCUUCUAAACGAGGCCAACAAGGCCCUCAUCAGUGCCUUUCUUGUCCUCUUGAGAGUCAAAGGUGAAAUCUUUGAGGACGUAUUACUACUAUUAUUAUAUGUUAUUGUCAUAAAUUUAGAAAGUUUGGACUAAAAAAUGGACUAUAGAUAGAGGGAAGGUAGAAAGAAAUGUAUAUAAUCAAAACCCGAAAUAUGAGCUAUGCUCACAUUAAUUGUUGAACCUUAGGUAAGAAUUUCGUUUCAUUCCACCUGGAUAAUAUACUUGGAUAUCUAAUGAUAAACCACACAUCUCAAGGUUGUUUUAUUAAAUUUGAUUGCGGAUAUGUUGUUUUCUCUAGAUUUUAGUUUCACAUUGCAUAAGUUCAAGUUCUAUUAUAACUUUGAAAUGGCUACACACCCAAUUAGUCAAGUAAAUGACAAAGUCAAAGAGUUUGUUUUUAAAAUGAGCAGCAGAUGGUAACUGUUAAAACAUAGAAAUAUGUGCAUGUACCCAUUUGUGCUACUAUUAUUAUAUACUUCAAUAUUUGUUGUUCUAUGAACUUCAAGUCUUUUUCCUACGAAUAGGACUCCCCCAAAAUUCAGCUUGUUUGAUGCACCCAAACAUCACACACGUACCCAUUUGUGCUAACAUAUAUGGUAACUGUUAAAACAUAGAAAUAUGUGCAUGUUGGUUCUCGUGACAAAAGUAAACUGCUUUGUAUUUCACUUUACUAAACUGAGGUUCUUUUCUAAAUGAAUAUUAGCUUGAUACAUAUAUUUAUGAGUCAAAUAUACAAUAUAUUUAGAAGAAAUAUGCAUAUGCAGCUAUCCGGACAGGUUUUUUAUUAUACACUUAAGUCUAUA